AGAGCGCAGCAGAGAACAGGAGAGAGCAGCUCAGGAAAAAGAAGAAGCACCAGCUGUCUCGUGACCGGAAGUCAGUAAAGACCGUUCAAUGCUAAUGCUAAUGCUAGCUAAUGUUGUUGUUCUUUUUAUACACCACUCAAAGGAGUUUAAUGGUAACAGACAUUUUAACUGAGUCAUUGUAGAGACAGUCGCCGUAACAGGAGGAAAGGUGAGCAUCUUGAGUGUUUCGUCUCUGCAGUUUUCACUUGUCAUCAUGGGAGAGCCCACAGCCUCUGGCGUCUUCUGUAACAGGAUGCUGAGCAUGGUGAACUCUGAGGAUGUGAAUGCCAUUAUCCAGGCUCAGAGACACAUGCUAGACCGCUUUGAGAAAACCAAUGAAAUGCUGAUAAACUUCAAUGGACUGUCAAAUGUGAGACUGCAGCAGAUGAACGAGCGCUUUCUGCUCCACACCAGGACGCUGGUGGAGAUGAAGAAAGACUUGGACAGUGUCUUUAGAAGAAUCAGGACUCUGAAGGGAAAGAUUGCAAAGCAGUACCCUGAGGCUUUUAGCAACAUCCAUGAGUCACCCAUUCUGGAUGAUGAUGACGAUGAAUUUGACCCUGUGCCACCCAGCGUUGCCACAACAACUGCCACAGCCACUCCCGAACAGAGCACAGAGUCAUGUGACACAAGUCCAGACAUCGCCUCGCCCACAGUGAGCAGGUGCUCCGAGGACCUGUCUCAAGAACCCCCUGACAUGCCCACUUCUGAAGGACAAGAGAUCUCUAUGCUACGGGACGAGGGGCCAGACUCUGUACCUGCUGAAUAGAGUAGACUUUUAGUUAAAUUAUUCACAGGAGGGUGAUAUGAUUAAAUAAAGAUAAUUUAUGGCAUUUCCCUGUGAUAUUUAGCCUGUACUAUGUUCAGAGUGAGUGACAUAUCACAAUGAAGUGAGAAUUCUCAAAGACUGCACUGUGCAAUUUUAUGGAUGCUUACAUGAUUCUGUGUUUGAAAACAGAUAAUGUGGAGUAUUAACACUGUUUAUUUAUUCUGUUAAUGCACCCUUGUUCUGGAGCGUGUUUGAGUUUAUAUCUAUGUAAAAUUAUGCUUAAAAAGCUUUUAUACA